UCUACUUAUUCGAUGGAAGUGUGUCGCGCAUACGAAUCGAGCCUUUACGAAAGAGACGACGGAAAAUACGGAAUUUUUCGCGGAAAUAGUUCGAAGUUGUCCAGCAUCGAGGAGGUCUCCAUUAGAGUUUCACCCAUCGUGUUAACCAACAAAGAAUCGAUAGUUCGUCGAGAUAGAAAACCGUGCCAAGUGACACCGCCGUUGCCACUCGUAAUGUUCGAGCAUAAGACAAUUCAACGGGAAUCGUGGUUAUCGAAAAGAUUGUGACAAGCGUCAUUCAUCGUCCCGUGAGAGACAGCGUGGCGCCAUUUCAGCCACUAACUACGUAAACACGCGAUCCGUCUGUGACGUUCAUUUACGAAACGCUAUCGAUACUCGCACCGGCUCGACCUUGAACGAUAGAUGCAAUAUCCCGGACCAAUCAGACGCUUUUCCCGUCUAGGCGACCCUGAUCUUGGCAUCUUUCCCAAUGAGCACCGGCCGAGCGGAUCCCCUCGGCUGUUCCCACGCCACGGCUGCACGGAACGGCGUGCACCGGCACGCGUGAACGCGUGUCCGCUGUGGAGGAGACCGGCGACUGCCGCGAAGGAAGCAGAGGACUCGUCGUAUCGACCGAGGACGGGAUGGAAGCGAGGACAUACGAGGGCGCAGCCGCAGCCUCGCCACGGUUAACCAGGCCAAAGCUGCGCGACAUCGCCCGCCUCUGUAUCAACACGGUAAGAGCGUUCUAUGCCAGGGACGUUGGCGCUGCGUUCACCACCACCGCAGCCACAGCCGCUAAAUCAGCCACCACCUCCUCGUGCCGUGGGGCAGACCGUCUCGCGGCAAAGGAAGCGUCGCCGCUCGGGCCUGUUAUGGGCAAUUUGCAGAGCGACGCGAAGAAAAAGGUGAAGAAGAGCAAAGGGGCUGCAGAUGGGACCGCGAGCACGCCAGGAUCCAUUGCCGAUGGACUCGACGAUACCACCGACACCGGCGACGAUGGCGAAACGGGGGAUGCGGAGGAGACACCUGCUAGGAAGGUGGAGGAGUGUCAGAGAACUGGGACGGAGAAGCGACCGCCUCAUAAGAGGCAGGCUCCGAGACCACCUGGGUCUGCGGAGAGAAAGGUCAGCCCGAACAAGCCAGAAUCUGUAGAAAAGAAAUCCCAAGGACAGGGAAAACUGGAGAAGGAGGAUGUAUCGCGGAAAUCGAUAGAAGCGGUCGAGUCGACGGAGCCGAGGACUAGAGAAGGGUCAUCGGACACGUUGUUGUUACUGGCGCCAAACCAGAGCCAGAACCAAGAGACCACGCUACUGGUCACGGACUCGUGGCGGUUAGCCAACAAGUGCAUGGUCGUGACUGAGAUCUCGAUGCCGCCUAGCCAAGAAUCCUCCAGCGACAGCGUGUUCACCGAUCCCGAGGAAUUAACCGGCGCCACGAACGUCGCGAAAGAGGAAGCGCCCCCGGCGCCAUCACCGCUUACGACGCUCUCUAAGAAUCAUGAACUCGAACGGUCUUCCAUGUCCCCUCUUUUCGAACGUCGGAUCGUCGGUACGUUGAUCUCGGCACUACCGGAGCAGUUAAAGUCGAUACUCACGGAAACCGAAGUCGAACAAUUCGCGUCCAGAAUUUACUCCAAGUUCGUGUCGGAUGGCAUUAUCGGAUCGAUUACCAUCGAAAGCGUUGCUCGGAACAAGGAGUUCGCAGAAGAUCAGGCUCAGUGCAAAGACACGCCGUCUAUAUCUGCUAGUUUAACUUCCGAAGAAGUUUCCUUGAAAGACCGACGAGAUUCGGAGAAGGAAUCGUUGAGACGGGAACUCGAACGACUUCGAGAACUCGCGAAAAAUGUGGACAGAAGUACUCAAGGUAAAUCUACGCAAACAUCUCCCACGGCAGUUCUUCCGGAAGGAAGUACCGAAGACUUCCCCAAAGGGAGAAGUUCUGGAACAUUCUGUUCACCUCUUGAGAGGCACAUCGUUCAGGAUGCGACCUCUCAAGAGCAGUCUUCAAGCGCCACUUCCACGACAUCAGCUGCAAGUGGUCCGAAGGACGCAAAAGGUGUUGGAAACGACGCGACACAGGCUCGAGUUAGUCGAUUAUCAUUGACCCUAACUUCGCCUGUCGCACCACUGCCACAACUAGUUUCUUCCCCACCUGCGUUCUCGAGUGCGCCACCCCCACCACCUCCUCCACCUCCUCCACCACCCUCGCCUUUUCUAGACUAUCGUUCUCUAAACAAUACGGCCGCCGUCUCUCAGCCAUCGUUUUCCAUACCACCACCGCCGCCGCUACCAGCAUGUCCCACCCCUACGCAAUCGUUUUCGUCACAACGAAGUAUAACUUCGUUACCACCUGUGCCACCACCACCCCCACCUCCUCCAUUACCACCUCCAAUUUUACAGCCGAUGACAGGAGAGUUACAAGUAGCACCACCUGCACCUCCUCCACCACCGCCACCUCCGUCCCCUGCACCGUCGAUUGGAAGACACGCGGAUUCUAUACCACCACCGCCGCCGCCACCACCGCCACCUCCGCCUCCGCUACAAUCACAAGCAUCUCUGUAUAACUCCAUACCUCCGCCGCCUCCGCCGCCUCCACCUCAACCUCCACUUUUAUCCACGUCUUCCAUCAGCGCAUUACACGGAGGUUCUUCGAUUCCUCCUCCUCCACCUCCGCCACCUCCUCCUCCGACACCUUCGAUCGGCGUGUUAACCGGAGGACCGUCAGCUCCGCCACCUCCACCGCCGCCACCCACGCCUUUGAUCGGCGUACCGCCACCUCCGCCUCCACCACCGUCCAUGGGUGGCACUCUCGGCGGACCACCACCUCCACCGCCACCACCGUCUAUGGGUAUACCUGGAGGUCCUCCUCCACCCCCGCCUCCGCCAGGUGCUCUAUCAGGAGGAAGCCAUGGACCAACACCGGGACCUUGUCCUUUACCUGCACCUCCAAUCGGAGGUUGGAACCCAGCUAGCAGAGCGUGUAUGAGAAAGGAGGCGCUCUGCCCCGAUGUUCCUAUGAAACCGCUGUAUUGGACCAGGAUUUUGGUGCCAGCAGUAGCAACAGAACGUGGUUCCGUCGACGCUGCAGACUCUCCCGCACAGAUUCCACUAUGGUUGGAGCUAGAGGAAGAGAAAAAUCUGGACAUGAAAGAGUUCGCCGGUCUGUUCUCCCGUCAGGUGACCGCCAGAAAACCGGUCAAAAAAGCGGACGAAGCUUUGAAACCGUCUAAAAUGCAGCCAGCCAAAAUCCUCGACUCGAAACGAUCCAGGACCGUAGGUAUUCUAGAGAAGAGUUUGCAUGUAGACUUCUGCGAAGUUGAGAAUGCGGUUUACAGUUUGGAUACCAGCGUUGUUAAUCUGGAGGCAUUGCAACAGAUAUACGAAAUCAGGCCAACUCAAAAGGAACUGGAAGAUAUAAAGCUUUUUGAGGAAAGUAAUCCAGAUGUUCCUUUGGAUCGACCAGAAAUUUUCCUCAAGAAACUCUCCAGUAUAAAUCAUUUCUCGGAGAGGAUAGCGUGCCUAAUGUUUCAAGCUGAAUUCCAAGACGCGAUCUCAACUGUUUCAUCGAAAUUAACUAAUUUACGAAGCACUUGCGAUUUUUUACGAAACUCCAGUUCUCUGAAGAAAGUGAUGGCGUUGAUCCUCACGCUCGGUAACUACAUGAAUGGCGGGAACAGGACGCGAGGUCAGGCUGAUGGGUUCGGUCUGGAGAUUUUAGGAAAGUUAAAGGACGUGAAGUCGAAUGUACCUGGUAUUACUUUGCUCCACUACGUCGUUAGGGCAAGAUUAGCUCAAGAGAAGGAUCACAACUUCGAAGAACCUUUGCCCUUACCGGUUCCGGAACCGGCAGAUAUGGAGGCGGCAUCGACGAUUAAUUUUGAAUAUAUCUCGGGCGAGUUGGAGAGAUUGAAGAAAGAGCUUCAGGUUUGCACCGAAAAGUGCAAUAUCGUCGUGGAAGCAGAUCCCGAAUCGUCCGGUCCGUUCGAAGAGAAAAUGAACUCGUUUUUCCGCGAAGCGGCAACGGAAAUAGCGAACGAGCAGGAGGCUAUGGUCGAAGCGAAAAAUAAAUUCAAGGCUGUGAUGCAAUUCUACCAGUAUACGCCCAAAGGAACGAACCUAGACGCGGCUGAUCCGAACGCGUUCUUUAUCCUCUGGCUCGGCUUCUGUCAGGACUUCAAAGAUAUCUGGAAGAAGGAGCAACAACGAAUACGAAAAGAAAGAAUGGAGGAGAUGAGAAAGAAAUUUGGAAAUAAGAACAAGGUGGAAAAGCUAAAACUAAGCGCUACAGGAUUGAAAGCCCGGCUUCAGAAACUCUCACGAAAGUAAAUUUAGUCGUUGAUCUAUACGUCUUAUAACGAGUCGAA